AUUCGACGUGGACCGCGGAGGCGAUUUCUUCUAAGGAGGACGACCAGCUUUAUCCACGGAAAGCAUUUUGUUUCUUGACCUUGCUCAAGAUGAACUUCUGGAAGGUCGUCCACCUUAACAUCUCGUGCAUUUAUUUUGCAAAUCAUUUUUUUUUAGCACAAUUCCUACGAGGAGGAUGCGCAGGCGCAG